AUGUACUGUAACGGGGAUCGAAAGACAGUCUCGGAGCUGAUUCGGGAUGCCGCGAAAGUGCGGAGGCUCAUUGACGCUCAGGCUGCAUAUCUCGAACAGAUGCAUGGUGCCACGACGAGCGCCAGGUGUUUACUAAACCGAAUGCUGCAUAUCUUUGCACGUGAGUUGGACGUGAAUGAUAUAGACCCCUUGCUUACCGUUCUGGCAUCUACUUCGGAGGACCUGGACAUUGCCAAUGUUCCACUAGUUUCUGUUGCCAUUGCACUUUCCAACGAACACUUUACGAAUACCAAGCAUAUUCGCGCUGUUUGUAACCGUUUUGUGGAUGACAACUCCGUUAUUUUCUUGGCCGGUAUACUGCGUUUUUCUCCAGUGGCAUCACAGAUUGAGCUUUUAGACAUCAGCGGAACAAGAGUAACGGAGAAGGGGCUUUUUUUUCUUCUUAGUAUGAUGCAGGAGCGGGAGAUGCCAUUUACCCUUAUAGCCAAGGACCUUGUCCUACCCGAAAAAAAUCCACCCGUAGAAUUUAAGCGGAAGUAUCAGCUGGCGUUGGAAAAGGUACGGGGAAAAUCAAACUGUACAUUGGUACUCUCUAGCGAAUGCUGA